GGUGACUGCUCGUGAUAGUAAUGCUCUCAGAAGAAUAACAGCACAACAUUGCGCAGGAGCUGCCCAGGAUUAACGCACAUCCAGCACUCUCUUCGUGUUCUUCAACACGAAAAACAAAUUUUUCUUCAUUAUGGGGGAAAAUAUGGUUAUCAUGGAUGAACUUUGCGAAAUGGAUUGCAACGUUUUGAAAAGGUUGUUGAAGGACGACAGUGCGAAAUGUCUGGUGCUGGACUGCAGAUCAUUCCUGGCGUUUAGCGCUGGACACAUUCGGAGCGCAGUGAAUAUCCGCUGUAACACCAUUGUGAGAAGGCGAGCAAAGGGCUGCGUGAGUUUAGACCAGAUUCUAUCGGGUGAUGAAGAGGUCAAAGCCCGGCUGAAAUCAGGACUGUACUCCGCUGUGAUUCUCUACGACGAGAGGACGCCCGAUAUAGACACGGUUAAAGACGAUAGCACAAUCACUCUGGUGCUCAAUGCAUUAUACAGAGACACAUUUGGAACUGAAAUAUAUCUACUAAAAGGUAAAAUUAUCACAAUGCACUUUAGGUUAUCAGAAUUAAAAACAUACCCAAUGCUGACUUUGUUUACAAGCAUAAAUAUCACAUCUGUCUCAUUAUAUCUGACAAAUGUGUUAUUACCAUGUUAUUAUUAUACUUUCUCAAUCAUCUUAAAAUUGUAGGGUAUAUGUAGUGCCGUUUUUGUAUUGCUGCACAAUUCAACCCACAAAUGGGCAUUAGGCUCUAACAAUGAGGUAAUGCGUAGAGAGCCACAUCUGGGUGUACGAGGAUGUGCCGCAGUGAGUGUCUUGUGAUCCUCAACAAUUGGUUCAUCAUCAAGAUUUCACAUCAGCAAAUGUUUACAUGUAAAAAGGUUAUUUUAUAAUGGUUAUUGUUGCAAAUUGCUCGCAAUUUCAUUAUACAAAAUAGAUUUAAAUGACGCACACGCAUUGAAGCAUGAAGUGUUGCCAGAAAAUCACACAAGAGUAUUUCUCAAUAAAUUAUUGGAAGUUAUUGGGGAAAUGCAAUUAGUAAAAAUCUAUUCAACUAUUUACUAUAUUUUCACAUUUAAUUCAGGCCUUAACCACUAGGCAUAGGCCUACCCAAAUUAUAUAUUACAUUUGAAGAAAUUGAAAUACUAAUUAUGAUUGUGUUCUAUAAUGUUUUAUGUAAUUAUUCAGAAAUAUUUAAUUUGGUUGUUAUUGAAAAAAAUUAUGAUCUGUAGGCCUAUUAUGCUAGGUAGGCCUAAUUAGUAAAUGAUACAGUAGUUUGUUAACGCAGAAGGUGCGCUAUUAUUUUGUGUUGAGUGUGGCCUGUGAUUGGAAUAUCCUGAUGUCUAACGUUAAUCUCUUUUCACAGGGGGCUAUGACACAUUUUUCACGGAGUAUCCCGAGUUCUGUUUGAAGACCAAAACGUUAUCUUCGUUCUCUACCCAGUCCAGUUUGGACUCCUGUUCUUCCUGUGGAACUCCACAGACGUUGCACCAUGACCAGGUAAAGAAGGGUACCUGUUUAUCUCGGUGACCGAGUUUGACUGAAUAUGUGGCAUUGAGUGAAAUACUAGGGGACUCGUAAGUUCUGGCCAUCUACUGGUUUCCGGGCUCGAUAAGAGCACCAGUUGUGCCUCCGUUUUUUCUCUCCCUGCUGGAAGGGGUGGUAGGCCUGUGUUUGACGAACAUUGCCCCGGCCUACCUUCUCUAUGCAUAUCUGUUUUACAUAGGCCUUAUCGAUCAUUUCUGCCGUUUGAAGCGGGGCCCAUAUCAGCAAUGACAUAACAGAGCCCAAUCAAUAAGCUGUUCAGAGAUAAAUAACCUGCUGGAGUUAAAAUCAUUGUCAUUGGUGAUUGGCCUAUAUUUUAUACGAUCACAUUUCAGACCCCUAUUGCUGCCACCUUUCUAUUAAAAUCAUGCACAUAAAAAGUGCACACUGUAAAUUGUAUUUAUCAGAACCUUUUUAUUUAUUGAUGAUUUUAAAUUGUCAAUAGGCUGUUUCUCCAGUCCUAUUAAUUGUGUUACUUUGUGAUGUUUGAAAAAUACAUUAUGACUGUAAACGUGCCUCUAUUCUCUCUUGGCUCUGUAUUAAUGCCCACUUUGUCUUCUCAAUGUUCCAGGCUGGUCCAGUGGAGAUUCUUCCCUUCUUGUACCUUGGCAGUGCCUUCCAUGCCUCCAAAAAGGACAUGCUGGACGGCAUGGGCAUCUCGGCCUUGCUCAAUGUGUCCUCUAACUGUCCCAACCACUUCGAGGGGGUCUACCAGUACAAGUGCAUUCCUGUGGAGGACAACCACAAAGAGGACAUCAGCUCCUGGUUCAUAGAAGCCAUUGAGUUUAUCGGUAAGUUUCAAUUUCUUAGAAGAAUACAUAGGAUAUAUCCCAAAUGACACCCUAUUCCCUAUAGUGCACUUCUUUUGACCCGAGUCAAAGUAGUGCACUAUAAAGGGAACAGGGUGCCAUUUGGGACGCAAACUAAUACAUAUUCUUCAUCCUCAUCAUCAUCAUGAGCAGAACGAGAAUUACAUGGUCCAGCUGCAUUAUAGCUCAGUAGAAUGUUAAUUUGGUCAUGUGAUGGAAGGUUGUCUUCUUGCAGGGAAGAGAUUCUUACUUUAAUUGAUAGCUUUUCAAGAACAUGUUGUACAGAUGGCUCCUUUGGUAAUUAAUGCUAGUUUAUGAGUAAUGGUUUGAAGUAUUUUUCUAACCUGGGAGGAAUAAUGUAUUUGAGAGAACAUUUUCAUUCCGUGCCAGGUAAUAGCCUAACUGAAGGGAGAACAUUUUAGAAUAAAUAAUUGGUAAUAAAUAGCUAGUAAAUAAUGUGAGCAUGCAGAAUCUCAGUGUGAGUGUUGCCCAUGCUCAAAAUGCUUUGUUGAUAUGGGUGACGGAGGGAGAGGAGUGCUGAGCUAUAGUCAUUGGGGUCUCUAAUGGUUAGGGAUUAGCAUGAGGGAGGAUAGGAGGGCGUAGCUCCUAGAAGUUCCAUCUUGGUGGAAUACACACACUCUAUGGUGUGUCACACUCCACAUGAAAACCUCUGCAAUGUUGUGUGGAGACCCCAGUAGGCUUGGAGGUGUGUGUGUGUGUGUGUAUAAGCGUGUAUGGGCUUAAAUGCGUCAGAGCUGGCUGCUUAGGGAUCAGAGUCUGACUCAUCCACUGUUCUUGGGUGCGCCGCCGCGUUAGUUGGAGUUACCUGUGUGUGUGCACGCGAGAGAACACGACUGCACUUGUAUAGAACGGGAUACCACAUGUCUGUGUUUUAAUUAGUAUUUAUGAAAUUCUACCUAUGUAGAAAUAUGUGUGCAUUACUACUCAGAAUGGCCUCCCUGUGAUGAGGGCAUAUCCCCUGUUGUUGCUAUUUCUCAUGGUGAGAAAUGUUUAUGUAUGGAAAGGGCUGCUGUAGGUGUCUUGGAUGCAGGAUAUACUGGAAACUGUAUAUAAAAUAAAGGAAACGCCAACAUAGUGUCUUAAUCGGGCGUUGGGCCACCACGAGCCGCCAGAGCAGCUUCAAUGCGCCUUGGCAUAGAUUCUACAAGUGUCUGGGACUCUAUUGGAGGGAGGCAACACCAUUCUUCCACAAGAAAUUCCAUAAUUUGGUGUUUUGUUGAUGGUGGGUGAAAACACUGUCUCAGGCGCCGCUCCAGAAUCUCCCAUAAGUGUUCAAUUGGGUGGAGAUCUGGUGACUGACACACACACAGCUUUAUUAGAAGUGUCUAUCAACAAAGCUUAUGGACCAUGACAACAGAUCAUCCUGAGCACUAUGUAUUACCUAUCCUGUGCAUAUCUAUAUCCUGGAGUCAAUUCUGAACCCCAUAUCUCUCUGUGUCUCUCUUCAGACUCGGUAAAAGACUCUAACGGGCGUGUGCUGGUACACUGCCAGGCGGGCAUCUCUCGCUCUGCCACCAUCUGCCUAGCGUACCUGAUGAAGAAGAAGCGUGUUCGCCUGGACGAAGCCUUUGAGUUCGUCAAGCAACGCCGCAGUAUCAUCUCCCCUAAUUUCAGCUUCAUGGGUCAGCUGCUGCAGUUUGAGUCCCAGGUGCUGGCCACGUCAUGUGCGGUGGAGGCCGCCAGCCCCUCGGCAGCCAGCCUGGGCCCCAAGUCUUCCUCCACUCCCACCUCGCCCUUCAUAUUCAGCUUCCCCGUCUCCGUGGUAGCACAUGGCCAGCCCAGCAGCCUGGCCUACCUGCACAGUCCAAUCACAACCUCGCCCAGCUGCUGAUGCCCCGCCCCCACAGACAGAUAUUGACACUGAACUGACCCGGGGGGCUCCUGUCAGCCCCAUUCCUCUCACUAUCCAGGGCAGAGAGAGAGAGAGGUUCUCUUCUCCUAACUGGUAUAAGCUGAAAGGUCCAUUGACAAUUAAAAACUGAGGGUGCCUAUGCUGCUGCCUGACUCAAAAAACUGUAUAGAAUAUGACACACAUACUCAUCACUAUUUAAUGAACAUUAAAUAAGCUUUUUCUGAAAACAGGCUCAAGAAGAUAUGCAGUUCCCCUGGUUUAGUGCGAAGGAUGGGGCGGCAGACUUCUAAGUUGCAGUCCAUCUCUUUCAUUUCCUGUGGAGUUUUCCAAAGCCUCUCCAGUCUUGCUGAGAGGGGUGAAUGGCCGUGUGCAGAGAUGCAGAGAAAACGAAAGAGCAAAGAGGGGAGGAGGGGGAAAGAGAGAGAAAGAGCGCUCAGUCAUUUAGUGGCUUCCUGAUGGAGAGCAGGAGGCUCUUCAGUUGUGACAGGUGCUCUACUAGCGUCCUGUCCGGCUUCCUGUCCCUGACAUCCCCAUCCUAUCUCCCAUGCACCCCCUCCUCUCCUCUCUUCUCCUGGAGUAGGACUGCUGAUGAAUGACAGAAUAAAAGCGCCCCCCUUGUGCAGGAGGAGAGGCCGUUGAGAUAAAGAGACUAGCUUUCUGAGACGGUGCCAAUUGAACGUCUGAGCCCUUGCUACACAGCCGGGCAACCCCUGGUGUUCCAUGUAAUAGGCUCGGUCAGAUGGACAGAUAUGCUUUUGAGGGGAAAGUUAGUUUUUUCUGUUUUAUGGUCAGUGCCUUGUUCAGAAAAGGUAUAGGAUGUUUUUUCUGGCGCUUUUGGAUGUGCUCAAGUACCCCAGCGUCUUUUCUUUUCAAACAGACUGAGGCAGAUAAACUGGGAAAUCUCUACACAACAAUAACGUUUCAAGUCAACACUGCAAUACAGACAAUGUAUUCUCCCCCAAGUAGAGCAAUAAUGCGUUUCUCUCUCUUCCAGUUGCCACCAAAGCACUACAUUGUGUUGUGUAUUUCUGAUCAUGUUUUUAUGUGUAUUCGUUUAUCGAUACAGACAGGAUAUUUGAGAAGUGUUUUUUUGCCUUACCAAUAAUAAUUGUUUUAAUUCUCAAGAUAAGAAUGUGUCGUUUUUCAUCCAUGUAUGGAGGCAUAGUGUUGUCUGUUACAUAGGUACUAUUUCUUUCCAGACCAUAUAUCUUGAUUGGCCUAAUGCUUGUUGGAGGAGGGAGACUUAAUUGGGAACUGACCUAUGAACCUGUUGUUGACUUGUUUUUUUGUCUUAUCACUGUUACUCCACCAAUGUCUAGUAGAUCCAGUCUACUUUCUAAUUGGGAUGAUUUCCCAGCUACGCACAAACACCCCUAAGAAACAGACACUGGGAUAUCAGACCACUGGGAAAAGAUAAAGUAGAAAAGUGCUUGUGUGUGCUGCCACUGGACUGACUCCUGUGAAAUGGUUCAUUGUUUUUCUUUUCAUGUUAAAGAGACAGUUCUCCAGGCGACGAUCAGAGCCAGGAGCAAAGGCUUCUGGGGA